UGCUCUUCUCUUCUCUGGAUUUGGGAUGUUUUGUAGCGUGUUCGAAAUGUUUUUGCACGGCGUGGUCUUCAUGAUCUACAUUCUAAACAGUCAGCUGCGGAUUUGUGCGGCUGAUUUGUGCAACUGGAGUGGAAGUGGUUUUCCAGCUGGCGUGGACACCAGGAUGGUCCUACAGGUGAAACUUCGCUGCACAGAAGGCUCUGUGAGAUGGCUCUACCCGGGCCGAUCUCUCAGGGUGGUCUUAGAGCCCAACCUCUCCUCUGUUAAGCACACUACAGUCUGCAUAAAACCAUCCCGGACCUUCAGCGGCGCCAACCUCUUUAUAGAACGGGAUGGGACACUAGAGCUGCUGGUCACAGACGACAACAGGGCGGAACAUGUGAGCUGUUUCAGGGCAGAGGGACCACAGAUGCCUGCUAUCUACAUCCAAACGAGUCCUCUGGGAGACGAGUCGUGGAGUCGACGGUGGAUAGGUUUUAGAUAUGAGCUGCUGGCCAAUAGGACUGCGGCAACCAGUCCGGACCACACUACCUCAUGUCGGCCAUGCAACGACACAGAGCUGCUGAUGGCCGUCUGCAACAGUGAUUUCGUGGUUCGCGGCUACAUCAAAGACGUGCUGCACAAUCCCGAUCGUCACAUAUCAUUGGUGGAAGUGUUGGCGGCGAGGGUCCACUGGCAGCGUAGCGGUUUGUUCCAGCAUCAGGCCCAUUCAGAUGCUUCUGGGUCACCCUGGCUUGUCCCCUCGUGGCGUGGUGUCAUCCGUGCACAUCUGCAAUGUGGCGUGAAGCCCGGCGACGGAGAGUUCCUUUUCACUGGGUCAGAACAUUUUGGGGAAGCUUGGCUGGGGUGCGCCCCACGUUAUAAAGACUUCCUGUAUGUGUACCAGACUGCUAAGGCGUCACGGCGAAAUCCCUGUGACUUCCCUUUGGACUAGAGGUUCUGCGGUCGAGGAACAUGGCUGAAUGCUUUGCUGGCGAUCCUUUGUCUUCUCCAUCACUGGGCUCUUCCAUAGGCGAGGAGCAAGCUCUUUGUGCAUCUGUUGUUGUUGUUCACUUGGCUGGCUCCUGGGGGACAAUUGACCUCUGAACUGAGGUGGGAGGGAAGACUUUUGCCUGCAUGGUCAUUCAUAAUCGCCUGUCCGCUACAUAAAUAGAGAGGAUUGCUGCGUCCUCCAAGUUUGUUAGCACAAUUACAAAACAAACAUUAUGGCGCAAAUCUGGAUGCAAGAUUUUUUUGGUUCAUAAAACAUGACUCUUAAUGAUACGAUUUAGACAUAUACAGGUGGUGGCUUAUUGGUGCUUAUAGGUUUCCUAUUGUCUUGUUUUUGUAUAUUUGUAUGUGUUGCAGACCACCCCUAUUGCAUCUAUUUUGUAUAGAUACCUAUUGCAUACCUAUUGCAUCUAUGCAAAAUAGAUGCAAUAGGUAUGUAUGUUGAA